CCUGGCUACACAACCGUGUCCCGAGCGAGGGCAGAAGUCCUCGCAGCGGGGCUUGCGGUGCGUGUAGGUGGGAGCGUCGGGGGUGCUGGAUUCCUCCGCUCGGGGCUGCGUCUUCCUCGGCGGGGGGCUGCUUCCCCCCCCCUCCCCGCUCCGCGCUCCUCCUCGGCCGCCUGACUGCCCACCUGAGGCCUGCGCGCCCUCCGACCCUCACGGUUUGAAAAAGAUGUAUUUGUUUGUCAAAGCCGAAUCUAGAACCCAGCUUUCGGGACCUGCUGUUACUCUCGGGGAGCUGAGAAACGCCAGUCAGUGACCCGGACGCCGGCUGGGGUGCUGCUGGUGGCCGGGGAGCCGCAGGGCCUAGCUGGCGGCCUCCGAGCUGCGGCAAGGUCACCAGGGCGUUUUUCGAGCUAGGUGUAAACAUGUGCUUUUCUGAGUAAAUGUAUUAUCAAAGCAAGUUUUAUCUGCCUAAAUAUGGGGAAGGGGCAAGAAUCGCCGCUGGUUUUCCUCAUGAAAACCUGGAGCUGGAGUUGGAGAAGGUGGCUCAGUGCAUCCCACCGCCAGCGAAGGUGGGGGUCCCGCGCCGCCUUCUCCACUGCCCUUCUCGGCCUCCGCCGAGCUGGUGCGGGUCAUUGCGCUAUCAGAAAAAUGACUCCUUUCUUCUUGUCGUCUUCUGCCGGCUUAAUGAUCUAAAUAAACUUCCUCAGUGGGCAGCUCAGUACCUGGAAGAAGAGGAGAGAGAGACCAUUUUUUCGUCAGGAAAAAGUCACUAGAUGUCAGGAGAUCAGCACGUUGAUAGCUCUACUCAAGAGGGAGGUGAUGAAGAUCACGGUGAUGUAGUUGAUGCAAAGCCAGACAGAAGCAGCAGAUUCUCACUUUUGGGAAAAAAAAAGAAGAAUGGAGAAGAAGAACAGCCAAAGUCCUCUCUCAGUAAUCAGUACCGAAUUGUUACGCCCACAUUCCAGUAUAAUAUGGACUACAAGAAAGUUGGCAAAUGUAUUAUUAUAAACAACAAAAAUUUUGAAGACAAAACAGGAAUGGGUACACGCAAUGGCACUGAUAAAGAUGCUGGAGAUCUAGCUAAGAGUUUUAGAAACUUAGGUUUUGACGUUUGCAUAUACAAUGACCGAAGCCGUGAUGAUAUGGAAAAAUUACUGAAGCAAGCUGCUGAGGAGAAUCACAGUGAUGCUGCUUGUUUUGCCUGUAUCCUUCUAAGCCAUGGGGAGGAAGGCCUCAUCUAUGGCACUGAUGGACCCAUGGCUAUCAAGAGUUUGACUGCGCUAUUCAGAGGAGACAAGUGUAAAAGCCUUAUAGGCAAACCCAAAUUAUUUUUCAUUCAGGCAUGCAGAGGCUCUGAAUUUGAUGAAGGUAUACAAACUGACUCUGGACCUGCAAAUGACACUCUGGAAACAGAUGCCAAUCCGAGAUACAAAAUCCCAGUAGAAGCAGAUUUUCUGUUUGCAUAUUCCACAGUGCCAGGUUAUUACUCCUGGAGGAAUCCUGGAAGAGGCUCCUGGUUUGUGCAGUCUCUGUGCUCUGUACUAAAUGAGCAUGGAAAACAACUUGAGAUCAUGCAGAUCCUCACACGGGUCAACUAUGUGGUUGCCACAAAUUUUGAAUCACAGUCUGAUGAUCCACGCUUCAGUGAGAAGAAGCAGAUUCCCUGCGUGGUCUCUAUGCUCACUAAGGAACUUUACUUCUGAAAGUGUAUUUUAAGGCAGCCAGUGAUGAAAGAUCAGGAUAUGGUUUGGGGUAGAGAUUUGAUAUAAACUGGAGUAACACAUUCUUAAUAACAGAAAUGUAAUUACACUAGAUUUUUAUAUUGUAUAAGCUGGGGUAUCUGAGGGAUGGACAAUAUGCAAGAUUUUAAAAAGAAAUAAAUGCUGUGGGCCAGCCUGACAGCUAAUACUAAUUACUGUAUCUUGAUUUCCCUUAGUGUGGCUGUCAUGAUUUAUGGCUACUGAAGAUGUUCUGAGAGUCAGCUACCUGACCCAUAAAGGUUUAUUCCAGAAAACAGACUGUAAAUUAAGAACAAAAAAAUUUAAUUGUGAGACUCCAUCUUUUCUUUCACUGCUAGCUCAUGGAACUAUAACUUCCUCGGAAAUUUGCAAAGACCAUCAUAUUAUGGGUAUGUCCAGUGAUGAAACAGUUUGUAGCUAUUUAAAAGGGUGUUUCUUAGUCUAAUAUAUUUCCUUUUUAUGAACAUCAUUAAUAAAGACUAAUGGUUGCUCUGUGCUUAAUCUGGAAGUCAAUUUACUUAGGUAUCACUCUAGCAUAAGAUGAAUAAUUAAAAAAUCAAUAUUUGUAGAUUAUUUGCCUGAGUAGUAUGGAAAUGUAACAAAUAUAGAAAAAUUAAAAUGAAAAUCUUUGUAAAAGAUUGGCAAACUGUAAUUGGAUGAUGCCUUAUUAAAGUGCCAUUGUAAAGAUUUUUGCCUUGCAAAUGACAAUUAACUGACAGAACAGCCUGAAACAGUGGUAUUGCAGUUUUUCUGCUUGCAGAAAUAAAAAUGUCUGCUUGUUGAUUCAGAAGUUUUGAACCAACAGAAAGUUAAUGCCACGGCUUUGUUAUAAAACAUUAAAAAUUAAUGUUGAAAUCAUAGAAUUAUAUGUUCCAGUAACAAAUGUAUGUUUAGAUAUAGCUUCUAUUUGUGAGGAAUUUUGCCAAGACUGGAAAUACUUACUUGAAUCAGAAACCAGAAGUGCCUUUUUAGUUACUGCACAGUCUUGAUUUUGUAUUUUGGAGCUAUGUUGGUGAUGUUUAUAUUCCUACUUUUUAUAUUCUCUUUAAAGUUGGU